AUGGAAACGUGUUUUGACCUGGUAAUGCAUGAUAGUCGGAUAAUUAACAAGAACAUGAGGAUGCCUCAUUUCUUGCGUCGGGGGUGGUUGGGGGGCUGGCGCAACUGCGCAGCUUCUUAUAACUCAGAAGACGUUACACGUAGAGAAGAUCUAGCUGAAGCCAUGUCCGACGUUGGCGUGAAGUUCGACCUUCAAUCCACCCCCACCCCGGAAGAAGAGGUGUUCCUUCCUCCUGCUCCUCUCCUUGCUGGAGCCCAUGUUCGUGGGAUCCAAUCCUACCGUGAGAAAUACCGCUCAUCCAUCAAUAAUUCCGAUGCGUUCUGGAAGAGUGUAGCCGAAGAGUUGCACUUUGAACAGGGCACUUCCAAGGGAUUGGAAUGGAAUUUUGAUGCGAAAAAAGGCGAUGUCUUCUGUCGUUUCAUGGACGGAGCCAAGACCAAUAUCUCUUAUAACUGCUUGGAGAGGAACAUCAAACGUGGUUAUGGCAACAAGAUUGCUUAUCUGUGGGAAGGAAAUGAGCCUAGCGACAAUUUCAAGAUCACCUAUAAUGAACUCCAUUCUCAGGUGGUCAACUUCUCCGCCGUUUUACGUGGUCACGGAGUGAAGAAAGGAGACGUUGUUGCCCUCUACCUCCCCAUGAUCACCGAGUUAGCGGUGGCUAUGCUCGCAUGCACCCGCAUUGGAGCCAUGCAUUCGGUAGUUUUUGCCGGCUUUUCCGCCUCAGCUCUAGGAGCGCGAAUAAUUGAUGCCAAAUGUCGUGUCCUCGUCACCGCUGACGGCUUCUUCCGAGGGACCAAAUAUGUCAAUCUGAAAGGAAUCGCCAACGAAGCCGUUAGGAUAGCCUCUGAAGGCGGUGUAAAUAUGAAGUCCGUCAUCAUGGUCUCGCAUCAGAAGCGAGUUACGGUGCCUCAGGGCUGUGCUACUCCUCAGGAUGCACCAAUGGGCCCGAACGACUUCUGUUAUAAUGUUGAGAUGAACAAGUACAAAGGCGUGGAUUCACCGGUGGAGUGGAUGGAUGCAGAAAGCCCCCUUUUCUUGCUUUAUACAUCCGGAUCUACGGGAAAACCGAAGGGGAUCCAGCAUUCUACUGCGGGUUACAUGGUAUACGCGUACUACACGACCAAAUGCACCUUUGAUGCUCAUCCUGAGAAGGAUGUUUACUGGUGUACUGCCGACUGCGGUUGGAUUACGGGACAUUCGUACUUGCUAUAUGGUCCGCUGAUGAAUGGAUUGACCGGUGUGUGGUUUGAAGGAAUUCCCACCCAUCCAGCUCCCGAUAGGAUGUGGGCGAUCACGGAUAAGUAUAAGGUCAACAAGCUUUAUACUUCUCCUACAGCUAUUCGUGCGCUAAUGGCUAUGGGGGAUGAGUAUGUGACAAGCCACUCCCGUUCUUCGUUGGAAAUUCUGGGUACGGUAGGGGAGCCCAUCAAUCCCGCGGCUUGGAAGUGGCUUUAUGAGGUGGUCGGUGAAGGGAGAUGCGCUAUCGUGGACACCUUUUGGCAAACAGAAACGGGCGGGCAUAUGAUAACCCCAAUGCCUGGCGCUACUCCCAUGAAACCGGGAUCAGCGACGUUCCCGUUCUUUGGUGUCAAUCCUGUCAUUCUCGACGCUGAAGGUCGUAUCAUUGAGGGUCCGGGUGAGGGUAACCUCUGCUUCGACAGAGCUUGGCCGGGAAUGCUGCGCACGGUGUUCGGUGACCAUGAUAGAUUCAUAAAGACCUACUUUGCACCUUUCAACGGCUAUUUCUUCACCGGUGACGGUGCUCGCCGCGAUGAAGAUGGAUAUCUCUGGAUAACUGGUCGUGUUGAUGAUUUGAUGAAUGUGUCUGGUCAUCUGCUGUCUACUGCUGAGAUCGAAAGUGCUCUGGUGGCGCACGAGAAGGUUGCCGAAGCUGCUGUUGUCGCGGCUCCUCAUGACAUCAAAGGAUCGUUCCCUUACGCUUUCGUGACGUUGAAUGACGGGGAGAAAAUGAAUCCGUCACUGACGCUCGAGCUCAAGAAUAUCGUUCGCAAGAGAAUUGGUGCCAUUGCUGUGCCGGAAGUGAUUCAGUCGGCUCCUGGGCUACCGAAAACACGCUCUGGAAAAGUAACUCGCCGUAUUCUGCGCAAAAUCGCUGAAGGUUGUGAAUCGGGAAUGGGUGAUACAACAACUUUGGUCGAUGAGGAAGUGAUCAAGCAUCUCAUCGCUGGACGCGUACAUGGCUAAGCAACUCUGCAGAGGAGCUGCAUAGUCUCACAUAGUCAAAAAUUCUAAAUCCGAGCUUUUAACGCCUAAAUUAUUUAUAACACAUUCCCAUGUUAACUGCAAGAAAAGUCUGCAUGAAUUAAUUUAUAAUUGCAAUAGAUCUUGUCUGUCUUACCCUCUGUGAAUUUUCUUUGCAUGGCAAACUAGCUGUGAUUGUAUUCGUAUGACCAGGUCUUAUAGCAUUUGUAAAUGUAGUUUUACAUUGAUUGAACUCUGAAAACUUGAAGGGUUAGGUAUGCUUUUACUUGUAAAAGGUUAAUGCUUUCGUAACAUUCAGAUGAUCUGAAUAAAAAAGUUGACCCU